AUGCUGAAAGCUGUGGCUGCGCGAGCAGUGUUAUGCUCGAAUUCUUCUCCGAUUAGUGUUGUAAGGAAGAUGAGUUCUUCGCCAGCAUUUCCCAAGUUCGUUUCCGUAGAAGGCGCAGACAUACAUUCCAGAAGCAAACCUGACGGCUUCAGAUUCAGUCUUGUUUCGUAUAACAUUUUGGCGCAGGUUUAUGUGAAGAGCUCGUUGUUCCCACACUCUCCUUCUUCGUCUCUCAAAUGGAAACUUCGUUCAAACACAAUUUUGGAAGUUCUCAAGAACUUGGGAGCUGAUUUUUUCUGCCUACAGGAAGUUGAUGAAUUUGAAAGUUUUUACAAAGGAAACAUGCAGGAUUUAGGAUAUUCUUCAAUUUAUAUGAAGAGAAGUGGACAGAAGCGUGAUGGGUGUGGCUUAUUUUACAAAAUUGACUGUGCAGAGUUGCUCCUAGAAGAGAAAAUUGAAUACAAUGAUCUUGUAAAGUCCGUUCUUGAUGGGAGCUCUUCAAAUGAUGAUGAACACACCAAGAUUCAGACAGUCCAUCCAGAUAAACAAAAGGAUGUGGCACCAAAAAAUGGAUCUAAAUCGAAUACAGAAGACUGUGGAGAUCCCAAUGACCCUCGUGUGAGAUUAAAGCGUGAUUGUGUGGGAAUUAUGGCUGCAUUCAAACUCAAAGAUCCCUCUUGUCAUAUUGUUAUUGUGGCCAACACACAUCUUUACUGGGAUCCUGAGUGGGCUGAUGUCAAGCUUGCACAAGCUAAAUAUCUUCUAUCCCGCAUAGAAAAAUUUAAAACACUUGUCUCAGAUAGAUAUGAAUGCAUACCCGAAGUCAUUGUGGCUGGCGACUUCAAUUCUAUGCCAGGAGAUAUGGUCUAUCAGUACCUUGUAUCUGGCAAUCCUUCAUCAAACCUGAUACCGAACUGUUUAGAGGAGUCACCUCCUAUUCCUCUAUGUAGUGUUUAUGCUUCUACAAGAGGAGAGCCACCAUUUACAAACUACACACCUGGCUUCACGGGAACACUCGACUAUAUAUUGUUUUCCCCUUCUGAUAUCAUUAAACCAAUUAGUUUUCUUGAGCUUCCAGACUCAGAUGCAGGUGAUAUUGUUGGUGGACUGCCAAACUUAAGUUAUCCUAGUGAUCAUCUACCAAUUGGUGCUGAGUUCGAAAUCACCAAGGAAUGA